CAAAGUCAACAAGAUUACCCGCAAAUCCCUAAUCUCCAAAUGACUCUCGCUUCUUCCAACCUGAUCAGGGAGGACUAUAUUGAUCAUGAAGCUCCUGAGUGCCGUGGAGAAGGCAAGCAAUCCACACAUUGUUGGCACAAUGAGCUCUUGGUUGUCGUGCACCGCGGCAUUCUUUUCCCUGAUCACGGGGCGAGCAAUAGAAAAUGCAACGAUUUGCACCGGCCCUGUGUGGAUGGGGAAAUAGCGGCGGGUUCCGGGUGCGGGCGCUCUCUCCUGGCAAAUCUUUACCCCUGCUUUUUCCCUUUUCCAAAAGAUCAGAUCUACCUAGUGGAGCUUGAAAUGAUUCUUCACUCUAGAAUCUGCCCAGGUGUGUUCUACUCACUCAGUCCCGUCAUUCGCUGUCGGAGGCUGACCACAUCUGAGACAAAUUCUGGAGGUCGAUCGAUGGCGGCUGAGCAUAGACGUCAUUCAGGACGACCUCCACCGCUUUUGAACUCGUGGAGAAUGUCUGCAGUACCGCAUGCGUAUAGCACAUGCUGGUGCGUGAAUAAUCAGUUUGCUCUUUGCCGCACAAAUGCUCGCGGAGACGGUGUGCAGCAGACCCAAGACGAGCAUGCGUGCCUCGGGUAUACACGGUGACACGGUCGUUGCGUAGUCAGCUUCGAUAAUACAGUACUGUAGAUCAGGCAAACGCACGCUCCUUUCGAAUGUCUUUAUUAUUACAGUGC